AUGCGCUCGACGACUUCGACGCUCGCGCUUGCGCUCUGCGCACUUCCGCUCGCUACCGCCUCCGCAUCCCACAGCGCCCGCGGCAUCGUAGACGCUGCCGAUGAUGAAUACGACUUCGUAAUCGUCGGUGGCGGCCUCGCUGGCCUCGUCCUCGCCUCCCGCCUUUCCGAGGACUCUAACCACACUGUGCUCGUCCUCGAAGCAGGUGGCACCGGCGACGACGUCGCCGACCGCAUCAACACUCCCGCGGAAACUUACCAGAAUGGACUUGUCAAGUCCGAAUAUGAUUGGGCGUACAGCACCACAGCCCAGAGUGGAAUCAACGGUCAUGAGGCUUCGUGGCCCCGUGGCAAGGUGCUGGGUGGCUCCUCGGCCAUCAACGGCAUGUACAUGGUGCGGCCCUCAGAGGUCGAGAUCAACGCCUGGCACGACAUCGUAGCCGAGGACGACGAGGAUGGUGCUCAGUACUGGACCUGGGACGCCCUUCACAAGGCGAUGAACAAGGCCGAGACGUACAGCCCCCCGUCAAGUGACAUCGCGUCCCUCGCCCGCAUCGAUGACGACAGCAGCGUACACGGCUCGGACGGACCUCUGCAUGUUAGCUAUCCCGGCUAUUCAUUCGAGGCUGUUUCACAGUAUCAGUCCGCCCUUGAGAGCCUCGGUGUCCCACACAACCCGAGCCCGGAUGGUGGCCAGACCCACGGCACUUUCGUUACGACUUCCUCCAUCAACCCCGCCAACUGGACCCGCUCGUACUCCAGGUCCGCAUACCUCGAUCCUCUGCCGCCGCGCGACAACCUGCACGUCUUGCCAAAUGCGCACGGCCUCAAGAUCAACUUCGAUACGAGCAACGCAGACAAUGUUACGGCUACUGGUGUUGACUAUUCGACUGACUACGGCGUCUCCACCAAGACCGUCAAGGUCAACAAGGAGGUCAUCCUCGCUGGUGGUGUCAUCGGCAGCCCGCAGCUCCUCAUGGUUAGCGGUGUCGGUCCGUCAGACGUGCUUUCGAGUGCUGGCGUUGAGAAGGUUGUCGAGCUCCCGGGUGUCGGCAGCCAUCUCAUCGACCAUUUGGGAAGCGCUAUCAUCUACUCGACCAGCGUUGACACGGCAGGCCAUCUGUUCAAGAACGGCGAGACCUCUGCGGAGUUCCUCUCCUUCGUCAACUCAGCCACUGCCUACGUUAACAUGACCGCCAUCAUGGGCGCUGACGCUGUCGCGCAGCUCAAGAGCGACGUUCUCGCCGCGCUCGACGACUCGGUCAACAACCUCGUCGGCAGCUACCCUGACGAAGUCAAGGAGGGCUACAAGAGCAUCUACCAGUUCUCUGCGAACAUGCUCGACGAGACUGUCGGCGGCAUCGAGCUCCUGCUCAACCUGAUGGGCGACGGCUACGUCGGCAUCACCGCUGCUAUCCAGCACCCCUUCUCCGAGGGCCGCCUCACGAUCAACUCGACCUCCGCCUUCGACUACCCGGUCAUCGACCCGCAGUACCUCUCGCACACCGCCGACCUCCAGAUCCUCCGCGCGGGCUUCAAGUUCGCGCGCCAGGUUGCCCAGAGCGACGCGCUCUCCAGCGUUUUUGGCGACGAGUCGACGCCGGGGAGCAACGUUCAGAGCGACGACGACUGGGAUGCGUGGAUCAAGGACAACGUGUACACGGAGUACCACCCCUCGUCCACCUGCGCGAUGAUGCCGAAGAGCAAGGGCGGCGUCGUGGACGCGCGCCUGCGCGUGUACGGCACCGCGAACGUGCGCGUCGCGGACUCGUCCGUGUUCCCCGUGUCGCUGGCGUGCCACUUGAUGGCGCCGACGUACGGCGUGGCGGAGCAGGCGGCGGAUAUCAUCCGCGCCACCUACAACGGCGGCCGUGUGAGCGGGACUGGCACGGCGUCGGGCUCGGGCUCGGAGCAGACGAGCGACAGCCAGGACGACAACAACAAUGGCGCGAUGGCGGUGGGCCCGGCUGGGCUUGCGGUCGUGCUCUCGGCCGUCGUGGCGCUCAUGGCGCUGUGA